GCGCUGAGGUGCGGGGAGUGGAGCUCUGGGCUGCGGAGGGGAGCGGAGCUGAGCGCCUGGGCGGACCUGGCCAGGUCAGCAGAGUAGAGACGCCGGUGGAGCGGCGGCGAACAUGCGUUUUUGACACUUUGGAGGCUUUCUUGAUCAUGGAUGGUGAAGAUAUACCAGAUUUUUCAAGUUUAAAGGAGGAAACUGCCUAUUGGAAGGAACUUUCCUUGAAGUAUAAACAAAGCUUCCAGGAAGCCCGGGAUGAGCUAGUUGAAUUCCAGGAAGGAAGCAGAGAAUUAGAAGCAGAGUUGGAGGCCCAAUUGGUACAGGCUGAACAAAGAAACAGAGACUUGCAAGCUGAUAACCAAAGACUGAAAUAUGAAGUGGAAGCAUUAAAGGAGAAACUAGAACAUCAAUAUGCACAGAGCUACAAGCAGGUUUCAGUAUUAGAAGAUGAUUUAAGUCAGACUCGGGCCAUUAAAGAACAGUUGCAUAAGUAUGUCAGAGAGUUGGAGCAGGCCAAUGAUGACCUGGAGCGAGCAAAAAGGGCAACAAUAGUUUCACUGGAAGACUUUGAACAAAGGCUGAAUCAGGCCAUUGAACGAAAUGCAUUUUUAGAAAGUGAACUUGAUGAAAAGGAAUCUUUGUUGGUUUCUGUGCAGAGGUUAAAGGAUGAAGCAAGAGAUUUAAGACAAGAACUGGCAGUUCGGGAAAGACAGCAGGAAGUAACCAGGAAGUCAGCUCCCAGUUCUCCAACUUUAGACUGUGAAAAGAUGGAUUCUGCUGUCCAAGCAUCCCUUUCUUUGCCAGCUACUCCUGUUGGCAAGGGAACAGAAAACAGUUUUCCUUCACCAAAAGCUAUACCAAAUGGUUUUGGUACCAGUCCACUAACUCCUUCUGCUAGGAUAUCAGCACUAAACAUCGUGGGAGAUCUCUUACGGAAAGUAGGGGCUUUAGAAUCCAAAUUAGCAGCCUGCAGGAAUUUUGCAAAGGACCAAGCAUCACGAAAAUCAUAUAUUUCAGGGAAUGUAAACUGCGGGGUGACAAAUAACAAUGGCACAAAGUUCUCUCGAUCAGGGCAUACAUCUUUCUUCGACAAAGGGGCAGUAAACGGCUUUGACCCAGCUCCUCCUCCUCCUGGUCUGGGCUCCUCACGCCCGUCGUCGGCCCCGGGUAUGCUGCCUCUCAGUGUGUGAGUGCUCGGCCUCCAGUUGGGGGCUCCUGCCCUCCUCCAACAACCCAGGACACCCACGCCUCACCCCUCGGUGCCUGGGCCCAGCCUGUGCCUCUCCGCCUGCCUCCCCAUGGCCGGCAGAGGGCAGGCUGCAUGCAGUGGCGGCUGCUGGGCCCUGCCCAGCCCCAGGACUCUGCGCGAUAUCAAUACUGGCUAUUUUCUCUUCUCGCCGUAGUGCCGUUGGUUUCACAUGAUUGCACUUUUGUGGGUCACAAGGUGAUACAUAUGUGUAUUACUUGGUCACUGGAUGCAGAAGUACUCAUUCAUCACACCUGCCUCUUAGCCUCCAACCUGCUGUACUGAUAGGAUUUAGUUGUGUUUAGGACAUUACAGAUCUUCUAGAAGUUCUUCCCCAAAUCAGGUUGACAUAUGCCCUCCUCCUGAGCUGCCCCAAGCAUCUUCAGUGCUAAUGAUCAUGUUAUCCCCAGUUUUGCCCCUUCCCCCCUUACAGUUUGAGCCUGUUGCUGGCAAAGAGUCAGGAAGGUCAUCGAAUUAGGUAACAUUUUCUGCACCUUUGAUUUUAAUUUAGCGCAGUUAUCAUUCCGUAGACUUGUCUCCCGGAGCAGUGAAACGCUUGUCUGAGUCCCCCAUGGCAGGAGCUUCUGUGGUCUGGGCGCACACAGGGCUAUGUCUCUGUGCUGUCUCCCUCCCCCAUGUGCCUCAGACUCGGGGUGCAAGGUAGUGGCAACUUCCUUGCCAGCUUUCUGGUCCUUCAGUUAAAUGACAUCUUCAGACCAUUUUUGUUUUGUCUUCUAAGGGCCUGUCCGGUUGUGUUGGGAAGGGUUGAGUGGCAUGGGGCUGGCCAAGCUGGCUCCUGGGGGGCAGACUGACCACGAGUGGUUGUCCUGUGCAUCCUUUGAUUACGCUCAUGCUGCAUUUACUGUUUACAUUUGUUUUAUUGUACAUAGGUUUGUAAACAUUACUGCCUAAGGUAUUUGUAUAUAACUUGGGCUUUGUAGCUUUUAUUUAUUCAGAACUCAUAUGGCAUGUUAAUGACUUAUGAUGGUGUCCUACUCUGGGCAGUGGUAUAGGAUCAUCAUGUGGUUAAAAAAAAAAAAAAAAAAGAAAAUACUUUUCCCCCUUCCCAAAUCUUUUAAUGUGGAAACAAUAAAUUUCACAGAAAAAAAAAAAAAA